GCGGGCUGCGGCAGCGGAAGUUCCCACCCCCGCCCCGCCUCUGCCCCCGGCUUGCGCGAGCUGGGUGUUUCCUGCCUCUUUCAGUCCGGGUUUGGAGACUCCGGCGUCCUCCGACUUUUCAUGGAAGAGAUGUCAGGAGAAAGUGUGGUGAGCUCAGCGGUGCCAGCGGCUGCUACCCGCACCACUUCCUUCAAGGGCACUAGCCCCAGCUCCAAGUACGUAAAGCUGAACGUGGGCGGAGCCCUCUACUACACCACCAUGCAGACACUGACCAAGCAGGACACCAUGCUGAAAGCCAUGUUCAGCGGGCGCAUGGAAGUACUCACUGACAGCGAAGGCUGGAUCCUCAUCGACCGGUGUGGGAAACACUUUGGUACGAUACUCAACUACCUUCGUGACGGGGCGGUCCCCUUGCCCGAGAGCCGCCGGGAGAUCGAGGAGCUGCUGGCAGAAGCCAAGUACUACCUGGUCCAGGGCCUGGUGGAAGAAUGCCAGGCAGCCUUACAACAGAACAAAGAUACUUAUGAGCCUUUCUGCAAAGUUCCUGUCAUCACUUCGUCCAAGGAAGAGCAGAAACUUAUAGCAACGUCAAAUAAGCCAGCCGUGAAGCUGCUCUACAACAGAAGUAACAACAAAUACUCGUAUACCAGCAAUUCUGAUGACAAUAUGUUGAAAAACAUUGAGCUCUUUGAUAAGCUCUCUCUGCGCUUUAAUGGAAGGGUCCUGUUCAUAAAGGACGUCAUCGGGGAUGAAAUCUGCUGCUGGUCCUUUUACGGGCAGGGCCGCAAGAUCGCUGAGGUUUGCUGUACUUCCAUUGUCUAUGCCACGGAGAAGAAACAGACCAAGGUGGAGUUCCCAGAGGCCCGGAUUUAUGAGGAGACCCUCAAUAUUUUGUUGUACGAGGCCCAGGACGGCCGAGGACCCGACAACGCGCUCCUGGAGGCCACGGGCGGGGCGGCCGGACGUUCCCACCACCUGGAUGAGGACGAGGAGCGGGAGCGGGAGCGGAUCGAGCGUGUGCGGCGGAUCCACAUCAAGCGCCCCGACGACCGGGCGCACCUCCACCAGUGAGCGAGCAAGCGAGCCGCCUCCCUCCUCCCUCCUCCCUCCUCCCCUGCUCUUCACUCCGAUUCCUGCAGGCUCCGGGCGCCUUCCACUUCCCCCGGAGUCUGGAGAUACUUUUGUAAUAAGCCAGAUGAUGAUUUUGAUAUUUUUUGACCAGGUGACUGUCUUUCCCCAGGUGAAUGCACCCUUGUUCUUAAGUGGAGUCCAAGGUCUCCCCCUUCCGUGGGAAACGGGGAAUCCUUGGAGCCAGGCUUUCUUGGUUCUCGGAGAAAAGUAUGAAUGGGUGUGAAGCGGACGUGAGAGAUGUUGUCUGCAGUAUUUAUUUUUGUGGGUGUGGAUUACCUGUUUGAGCUUCGGGGCGGCAUUCCCUCGGGGUUCAGUUGGACGGCUCCGAGGGGGAUCCUGCCAGUUAGUUGGUGGCCACCAGACGUUCUUGUGAGCAUCCUGUGUCGUCGUCCUCCAGCCCAGCACACUGGCUGCCGGUUCCUGUGUGCUAUAGACUGGGCGGCCCUCCGGGGUUUUGCUGGAAGCACCCGCGGCGGCAGGAUUUUUGCGCCUAUGGCUUAUUGGUAAAUGAUUGCAGUUUGUGGCGUGGAAGAUAGGACCUAUGAGCUUCGUGCCUCUAACUUGUCCUGGCGUAACUCUGGGUCAGGAGCAGGCCGGUUGCCCCCUGGGCUGACGUGUGGUCCGUGCUCAUUGGGACCCCGCAUGCCUGGCCGAGGGCAGAGCCGUCCCUGGCAGGGAGUGCUGGGGUCCUGGCCCUCUCCCUGAUUCCUGCCCCUUCUACCCGGCCUCCUUGUGGAGCAACCCCGUUCUGGGAAGGCCAUCUGGCCUGGUUACAGGUGGAGCUCACACCGCUGCUUCCUGGGAUCCAUUCCUCCCCCUUCGCCCUUCUUCUCUGUUAAGCUGGGCUGUCUCGGGUAGAAGCCCUGCCUUUUGCUUAGAAAGUGGACGUGGCCCGGACUCUUUCCCCUCCCCGAGCCUGGCAUCCAGGCAGGAAGACCACCCCCACCAACAGUCUCAGGGCACCCAUCACCUGGAGAUCCCUUUUUUGUCUUUGCCUCUGAUUUUUACAGUAUGGAGUGGCCACAGGGAGCAAGAGUUUGAGGCUGUGCACAUCCUUUGUGGUCCAGUUAAGUGUGUGUGUUCAUGUUUAAGGGACGUGUGCGACCGUGGACGGGGACGUGUGCUUGUGGGGCGCAGGGGGCCCGCGCUGGAGCCCGGCUGUCUGCACGGUUGCUUGUGCAAGACGGACGUUCUCGGUGACCUACCUCCCAGUCUCCUCUGCGCCCACGAAGGGACAGAAGUGCGUUGUGGCUGAUGUGGCUGCGACUAGAUUAGGUAGAGUAGUUAAGGGAGAUGUGAACGUGUGUGACGGAAUGGAUGGAAUUUGUCUGUUUUUCAAGGGAAAUGUUACUGUUUUAUACCAAAGGUGUUAAUGUGGGCAGCCUUUGACACCAUGUAUUCCAAAAAAAAAAAAAAAAAACGAGUUUAUAUUUUGAAAUGGUUUUUACAGGUUAGGCUUUGCACAUAUUGCCUUUCUUGAGACAUAGGCCUUUAUUUUGUAUCCAGCAGCAAAGCCUCCAAUAAAACU